UCGUGAGGUGGGAUAAACAUCAACGCACCAAGUCGAAUUUACAAAAGUCGGACGGACUGAAAGAACCACACGGAGUCGGACGGAAAUACAGAGCAUUCAAAUCUUCAUCUGUAAUAUGUUUCUAAAAACUCUUCAGUUGGAGCUGUCGAGGUUCUGCUUGCUGUGGCGUUGUUGCCAUUCAGGAUUGGCGAGCGACCCAGCAGGACUCUGAGGAGGGGGAAACAGUUCGAAGUCAGUUUUUAGAGUGGGUGUGCUGUCUUCAGUUCGGUUGAAAUAUCAUCGAGCUGACGUUAGCUCAGUAAUUCAGAAGGUUUCCUGUGUUAUUUGUCGUGUCGUCAAAUUAGCAUUAGCCUACGUCAACUUGCCCUCAGCGGCAGACGGAGACGGUAGAACACAGCAGGGAUCAGGACUGCGUGCUUGGCUGGAUAUUGUUUUGAACGUUUCUUACGGCUAAGUUGUAGUUCUACCUAAAGAUCCAUCAGUCCGAAAAGGAGAAAGGAAAGCUUGUAAGCUAGCCUGAAGUCUCGGUUUGACUAAUGUCGGAUCAGAGUUCGUCUCCUACAAGUUCUGAUGAAGAUGUGGAUCCUGAAUCAGAGCAAACGGAUGAGCUCGGUGGGACGCUCAGCAAGUGGACCAACUACAUCCAUGGGUGGCAGGACCGCUGGGUAGUGCUGAAGAACAACACCUUGAGCUACUAUAAGUCAGAAGACGAGAGGGAGUAUGGCUGCAGGGGGUCUCUCUGUCUCAGCAAGGCAGUCAUCACACCCCAUGAGUUUGACGAGUGCCGCUUCGAUGUCAGUGUAAAUGACAGUGUCUGGUACCUAAGGGCUGAAGAUCCUGACCUGCGGCAGCAGUGGAUUGAUACCAUUGAGCUUCACAAGGCUGAGUCAGGCUACGGUUCUGAGAGCAGUCUGAGACACCAUGGCUCUAUGCUGUCCCUCACCUCUGCAGCCAGUGGCCUCUCAACCACCUCCACAUCAUCCUUCAGGAAAGGCCACAGUCUGCGAGAGAAGCUGGCAGAGAUGGAGACAUUCCGGGACAUUCUGUGCAGACAAGUGGACACUCUGCAGCGGUACUUUGACAAUUGUGCAAGUGGAGACUACAGAGACGAGUAUCACAGGGACAAAGUUGAGGAUGAUGAGGACGAUUUUCCCAGCACACGACCAGAUGGAGACUACCUACUCAAUAACAACAGUAGCAAAGAGAAGCUAUUCCCAAUGACCAGAGGACCCACUGGCAUUGAUUUCAAAGGUGAAGCCAUUACUUUUAAAGCCACUACUGCAGGGAUCUUGUCCACGCUGUCCCACUGUAUUGAGAUCAUGGUCAAACGGGAGGAAAGCUGGCAAAAGCGUCUAGAUAAAGAAAUGGAGCGGAGAAGGAGAGCAGAAGAAGCCUAUAAGUCAGCCUUAACAGAGCUAAAGAAAAAGUCUCACUAUGGAGGACCAGAUUAUGAAGAGGGACCCAAUAGUCUCAUCAAUGAAGAUGAAUUCUUCGAUGCUGUGGAAGCAGCCCUGGACAAACAGGACAAGUUUGAGGAGCAGUCGGAGAAGUGCAGGGCCCCUCGACCAAUUACACUCAGCCCAGAUGCCUGCUGCUCCAUCAGUGCUCAGAGAUACUUCGCUAAGCCUAAUAGCCAUGCUUCCUCCCUGUCCUCUCUUGACCUAGUCAGUGCCUCCGAUGAUGUGCACAGGUUCAGUGCUCAGGUGGAGGAGAUGGUGCACAGCCACAUGACCUAUUCCUUACAGGACGUGGGUGGAGAUGCUAACUGGCAGCUUAUCACCGAAGAGGGAGAAAUGAAGGUGUACAGGAGAGAGGUGGAGGAGAAUGGUGUUGUCCUGGACCCUCUCAAAGCCACUCAUGCUGUUAGGGGGGUCACAGGUCACGAGGUCUGUCAUUACUUUUGGGAUACAGCCUUUCGUAAUGACUGGGAAACAACUGUUGAGCACUUUAAUGUGGUAGAGACAUUAUCAGACACGGCAGUAAUUAUUUACCAGACUCUUAAGAGGGUAUGGCCAGCAUCACAAAGGGACAUCCUUUAUCUGUCAGUCAUCCGCAAAAUCCUCUCCACCAAUGAGAAUGAGCCAAAUACAUGGCUAGUCUGCAACUUUUCUGUAGACCAUGACAGUUACCCACCCACAAGCAGAUGUAUCCGUGCAAAAAUCAAUGUGGCCAUGAUCUGUCAGACACUAGUCAGCCCACCAGAGGGCAAUAAGGAAAUCAGCAGAGACAAUAUCCUCUGUAAAAUAACAUAUGUAGCCAAUGUGAAUCCAGGUGGAUGGGCCCCAGCAUCAGUCUUGAGGGCAGUGGCCAGGCGAGAGUAUCCUAAGUUCUUGAAGCGUUUCACGUCAUAUGUUCAAGAGAAGACCAGUGAUGAUGCAAUCCUUUUUUAAAACAGGUUGUCUCCACUGUGGUGUCUGCCAGUCUCUGUUAAACACAUGCAUAUGAGGCCUUAUCCAUACCUAAAGAGCCUAAAUCACAAUGCAGAGGUAACCUGCCCAAGAGGUCUGACAACUACAUUACUGGAUGCCUGUUCAUCAGCACUCUUAUCACAUGCAGUGUUCUGCUCAGGCAUAUCUGAGAUGUCAUGUAGAGAAGAUAUCAGGAGGGUAAUAAGCCCACUUACAGUUUGGAGCCUGUAAAUAUUAUACCUUUUAGAGGGAGUUCUAUGGGCCCUCGAACAAAAGAACACAGGCUAUUAUUGAACAGUGAUUGACUGUACAGUUAGAAUCCUUAUUUGUGUUUUGGGUGAAUACAGAUUUUUUUUUUUCCCCAUUAAAGUGUUUACUUAAGUUUUGUAAAUAUUUUGUAUUGGUUUUACUUGCACAUUGUUAAACUAAUUGUCCUCAUGAAAAAUAAACAUUAUAAACUUGAAUGCCUUUAAUGAAAAGCCUUCUCAGUCAUAGCUGAGCUUUCUUCCUGGCCUUGUCUUUUGUAACAUCAGUGUGGUGUAGAAAGCUUUAACCUAGCAAAAUCCUUUGUAUACUAUGUCUAAUAAUUUUGUGUUCAUAGUGUUAUAGUAUUUAUAUCUGAUACAAGUUAAAUGAAAAAGUUUGUAUGUGGAAUUUGGAGGAUGAAGAAAGUGCAAACAGGAUGGUGCUUACAUAAAUUGGGUUGCCAGAUACUGGCAGGGUAAAGUGUUAGAGAAAGUUUAAUCACACACAAGUCUGAGAAGGUAAAACUCAGCCUCGAAGAACUUUUAAAAAUAAUUUUUAUUAUUAUUAUUUUUUUUUUUGUAGAACAUUUCGCCAAAUUUUGCACAUUCCACCUGGAUAUACUUUUGUUUCGCUUUAAGCAUAAACAUUUUUUGUCAGAUAUGUAGUAGUGUUUGUAGAAGAAAUGUCAGAUUUAGUGUGAUUUGUUGGGGCCUGUAGUUGCAAUUUGUCAAAUUUAGCCAUGUCCUUAUUUUAUAGAAGCAGUUGAAACUUACAGUAGUAGUGAUCAUCACAGCAUGUGUCUAAAGUUUGAAUUGGCUUGAGUUUAGUUUUUUGUUUUUAAUUAUUAUUAUUUUUAUUAUUAUUAUUAUUAUUAUUAUUAUUAAACUGCUUAAUUCUGUUCAUUCACAUAGACUGAUAUUUGCACUAAUAGCAUUGAUUUACAAUCAGAUUACAUUUAUUGCCUUUCUAUUAAAGAUUUGUUUGCAUUAUAUAUAACAAAUCCAUACUUUUAAUGGUACUUUAUUCCUGGUCAUUGUUCCUGGUAAAAUGUAACUUUGAUAUUUCAAAAUGUUUUUUGGAGAAUGUCAUUUGUAAAUAUGCAGCAAACAGAUAUUCUGCUGUUUUGACUUGUAUUUUUUACUUCUGUAUAUAGUACCCUGGAGUGAUUAAAUCAAGAUCUGGAUUUAAAAAAAAAAAACGGUGUUUCCAGAUAUGUUGUGUAAUUUGCAUUGCUUACCAAA